CACACAUAGCAAAAGAAAGUAAAACUCUCACCUCAAAAAGACCAAUGGAAAACCAACAAGAACAAUCUCCCCAAAAGAGAAAAUACUAUUGGGGAGACACACCAGAUGAACAAGACUACUACAAACUUCACAACAUCAAAUCCACAUCUUCUAUCUUCAAAUCACCAAGAGGCUUAUCACUCUUUACUAGAUCAUGGCUUCCUUUAACCCCAACCCCACCACGUGGCAUCAUCUGUAUGGUCCACGGUUAUGGCAAUGACAUCAGCUGGACUUUUCAAGCCACACCCAUCUUUCUUGCUAGCCAUGGCUACGCUUGUUUUGCACUUGAUAUGGAGUCACACGGCCGGUCUGAAGGCCUUAAGGCUUUUGUCCCAAAUGUGGAUUUUGUUGUUGAUGAUUUUUUUGCUUAUUUUGUAUCUGUUAUUAAAAUGACCCAAAAUGAUUAUCAAAAUGACAAUAUUCCUAAGUACUUAUUUGGUGAAUCCAUGGGCGGGGCGAUUUGUUUGCUGUUACAGUUCAAACAAAUCGGGUUUUUUAAUGGGGCGAUCUUGAUCGCCCCAAUGUGUAAAAUAUCUGAUAAGGUAAGGCCAAAGUGGCCUAUACCUGAGCUAUUAAUGUUUUUAUCAAAAUUUGCGCCCACGUUGGCAAUAGUGCCAACGGCGGAUUUAGUUGAUAAGUCAGUUAAAGUACCUGAAAAACGGAUAAUAGGUGGAAUGAAUCCAAUGAGGUAUACAGGGAAACCGAGGUUAGGGACUGUGAUGGAGUUGUUAAGAGUGACGGAUUAUUUGAGUAGUAGAUUGAGUGAUGUGGAGAUACCGUUUAUUGUGUUACAUGGGAAUGCCGAUGUUGUUACUGAUCCUGCAGUGAGUCAAGAGUUGUAUGAGAAAGCGAAAAGUAAGGAUAAGAGUUUGAAGAUAUAUGAUGGGAUGAUGCAUUCGUUGUUGUUUGGUGAGACGGAUGAGAAUGUUGAGACUGUUCGUGGUGAUAUUUUGGCAUGGUUGAAUGAUCGUUGUUGAAGCGGUUUAAAGAAAUUUGGUUUGGGAUUUUGUUAUUUUGAGAAUGAUGUAUGUUAGUGAAUGUGUACUGAAAUUGUUUGUUUAUCAACUGUUUGAUGAAAAUGUUUAGUGAAAUCGGUCUGUUGUGUAAGAUUCGGCUACUGUUCUUAUCGAGUUAGUCAAUCCUUGUAACACCUAAGUGCUAAUAUAUGUGCUGUUAGAUA